AGUGGGAAUGCACAACAGGCUUUUACCUGCUACACUUGCACGGACUGUCAACUUCCGAUCGAUGAGAACACAGCAAAAUCCGGAUCGACUUGUGGGGCGUGUAAGCAACUCACUUUUUCACGCAAUCAAUGCUUUAGCUUGACGAUAUCACCUCGAUUGGUGAUUAGACGUUUGCAGUUCAACUGCCAAGCUCGGCGAACAGACCAACAAUCAAGCAGCGCAUUCGAGCUACCUACCACAAACAACAUUGCUAGCAUGAAGUUCGUCGAAAUUUUUGAGUUUUACCUAAUCGAAAAUGUCAAUUAUUUCAAUGCUCUGGCUGAUGGCAGGGUUGUGAGCUUCAACAGCAUUAUUGACAAGGGCGAAGGCCAUCAAGAAAAUUUGUUUGUUGUGGUCAGGUCCGGCCUUGAACAUCCGCGUGAAAUAACUGUCAACUUAAUUCAUUUU